AUGGUCUGGCUGUCCAUCUCUGCUCUAAUAUGGGCAGCUCUGGCGUUUGCUCCCUCCGGGGCAGCAGACGCGGGAGGGCAUCGCGGCAACACACAUGCAGGCCCCGACAACUAUAUUAUCGAAUGCCACAACGGCCGAGACAAAGACGUCCUGAUUCACCAUAUCAAACAACGCGAUGGCCAAGUACAUCAUGAUUUCAAUUCUGGCAUCUUUUAUGGCGUAUCAGCUAGUGUACCAGGCCUAGGGGGCGACGAGAUAAGAAACAUGGCAGGCGUCAAGGACGUGUGGCCGGUGCAGGUAUUCAGCUACGAGGCCAAGGAGAAUAGUUUGAAGCCUCGAGCGGGCCCAAAGAGGCAGCCGUAUCGACGUGCCGUCGACACUUCGUGGAAUCAUGCCAUGACGCAGGUGGACAUGCUCCAUUCCGAGGGCUUCUACGGCACAAACAUUACCAUUGCCGUCGUAGAUACUGGUACGGGGCGGCAGGUCAACUACACACAUCCGGCACUGGGUGGCUGCUUCGGUCGUGGCUGCCGAGUCGCUCGCGGAGCCAAUUUCGUCCGUAACGAGGGAAACCAUGAUGAUCCCAUGGAUCAUCAUGGUCAUGGAACUGCUGUUGCUGGCGUGCUGGCCGGGAACGAUCCUCAGAGAAACUUUGUGGGCGUGGCUCCUGGCGCGACACUUGCCGCAUAUCGAGUUGUGGAUUCCAAGGGGUACGGCCGAGAAGACGAUUUGAUAGCAGGCUGGCUUAAAGCAGUGGAAGACGGAGCGCAGAUUAUCGCUUCUUCGGCUGGUUUUGACGGAUCCGGCUGGGCACAGAGUCCCAUGGCAGCUGUUGUAGCGCGCAUCGCCUCAAGUGGCAUACCCUGCAUCGUGGGCAAUGGUAAUGAUUCCAAGAAGGGCCUCUUUUUUUCUCUAGAUCCCUCGACUGGCCGAAAUGUGAUGGCUGCCAACUCAUUUGCCCACCGGAUGGUGUCUUCGGCCGGUGGUAGUCAUGCCGUCACGGCGGGCAUGUCGGGGCUUUCUGCCUCUGGGCCGACCUGGGAACUGGAUCUCAAGCCCAAUGUCGGCGUAUCCGGCGAUGAAAUACCUUGUCCGCAAAUCGACGGCAGCUAUGGCAAUUGCUCCGGCACAUCCUUUGCUGGACCACAAGUUGCGGGCAUGGUGGCUCUCAUUGCCGAGCGCCGGGGGGAUUUCGAUCCGGGACACCUGAUGAGUCUUCUCAUGACCACGGCCGCGGUCCAAAAAGAUGGCCAUUUCAUUCCCGUAGUCCAGCAGGGAGGGGGUCUUGCCCAGGCCUGGCAAGCUGCACACGCGACGACGCUUAUCGAACCACCGAGCCUUGCCUUUAACGAUACAGACCACCGGGCUCAGUCCGUCACCAUUCGAGUCACUAAUAAAGCUCUGUUUGAGGUUACGUAUCAGCUCUCGAUUCUUCCUGCCCCCACUAUUUACGCUCGCAGGCUACCGAGAGACUUUAAAAAUCCAGAGUAUAUCCAAGCUCCUGCGUCUAUUGACAUGAGCAAGACUUUUCUUAAGCUAGCCGCCAACCAGUCAGAUACUAUUACAAUCUCGGCUAAAGACCCCGAGGGCCUUGAAGCCGACCGCUUGCCGGUAUGGUCCGGCUGGGUCGCCAUCAAUAGUUCUGAUGGCAAGACACUGACUGUGCCAUAUAUGGGCCUUGCGGGCUCGUUACACAAGCAACAAGUUCUUGAGUCUGAUGGGGUCAGCUUGCUAGGCUUCAACCACGAUAUGCAUAAUGCAGACAGUAAUCGUGGUGCAAGAUUCAGCUAUACUGUCAAGAAUGGCUUCACAACACUUUCAGCCUCUAUCAUUAUUAAACUAAUUCUCGGAAGCCGUGUAUAUGUCGAGGCUGUUCCCCUAUCGCCUCGAAAAUGGAUGGCUGACCGCCUAGGCAAGAGCCGAGGCUUUCCGAUCAAGGGUUACUCUCCAAGAGCACUCCAGAGGUAUACCGGCAUUGGGCUAUACGACAAAGAAUGGGACGGUCAAAUCCAGUCCGGUGAUUACCUUCCACCAGGCGACUAUGAACUGGAAGUGCGCGCCCUGAGGAUUUUUGGAGACCCUACUAUGGAAGCCGACUGGGAUGCAGCUGAACCACUCCCAUUUCAAGUUAUUAGUGGCGCGGGCCAGGAAGCAUGCAAGGCGUACCAGUCUGGAAAGGGGCCCAAGGAUGCUCUAUUUCGAAAUCUGCAAGAAUGCCAUCAGGUUCACAACAAGACGGCAGUCGACGCUCCCUGGAUCCCUCGCCCUCAGGAUAGUAGCAAGUGUGAUGAUGAUAAUCCAACGGAAGAGGACUGCGGCACUUACCACUACUGCAAAGCGCAUCAAGAACGACCCGACGACAUUAUAUCCCCUUUCAGGAACAGCUACGAGUGCGUGUAUAGCCAUAAAUUGCUGCCCAACGUACCGCUUGACCCCAUCAGGUUGCCUGAGUGCCAAACGACUAGGGACCCUAAUAUGUGUGGCUCGCAUGUUUGGUGUAUAGUUAUUUUUCAAACCGGAGGGCCUGCACAUGGAUGGAGCAGCAGUGAGGAGUGUCAAUGGGCUCACGGAAUUAUAUGGUAG